AUGGACUCCUCUGAGGAUGGUGGGGUGAGUGAGGGUAAGCCUGGGACCUGGCUGCCAGGCUAGCCUGGGCACAACAAGAAGCAUCAUGACUUAGGUGGCUCUGCCCAAAGGUGCACCCGCCGUGAUGCAGCAGCCACGAGUGGAGACGGAUAUCAUCGGGGCUGGCGAGGGGCCCCAGCGGGCAGUGCCCUGGUCAGCCUGGGUCACCCGUCAGGACUGGGUGCGCUGGUGGGCAUGCCACAUGCCCCGGAGCUGGUCCCAGUGGUGGAAUACAUCAGGCUGGCGGCAACCUCUACAGCGUAUGCUCUGGGGUCUGGAGGGGACACUCUACCUGCUGCUGGCACUGAUGCUCUGCCAUGCACUCUUCACCACUGGCUCCUACCUGCUGAGCUCCCUGUGGCCUGUAGUGGCUGUGGUGUGGAGCCACCUGCUGCCAGCUAUCCUGCUGCUGGUACUCAGUGCCCUGCCUGCUCUGCUCUUCACUGCCUCCUUCCUGCUGCUCUUCUCCACACUGCUGAGCCUCGUGGGCCUCCUUACCUCCAUGACUCACCCAGGCUAUGCUCAGGACUUGGACCAAUAGAAGGGCAACCCCAUCUUA